AUGUGUCGCGCCUGCGAGCGGCUCUCUUACGACCCAUUCCCGGACGUUCCUUCAGAGAAUGAAGGCGACGAAGACGGCGACGAAAGUGAACCUCAACUUCACCACGCACCAGUGAUACCACUCAGGCGUAAGCUCACUACAAUCGAAAUAGUAGUAACACCUGCACCGAGCUACGACGGCACUCCGAUUUUUGCAGCAUAUGUGAAACCCACAACCGUUCAGCCAGACGACUGGAACUAUUCGUCCCAGCGACAAGCCCCUUUUGGUAUGGCGGUCUAUGAUAUCACCCCAACAGCAACCCCAACCCAGGCCGCAAAGCUGGCGCACGCUCUCUCUCGUCACGCCAGGCGUCACAAUCGCGAAUGGGGACGGGACAGGAUAGAGGUCGUUUGCUUCCCUCUUCCGUCCCACCUGACCUGCCAAGAGCGUGCACAAGCAUGCAUUGAUCAUCACGGGCACGAAAUUCGGAACCGUGCCGUAAUGGACGACAUUGAUGACGCCAAGUUCUGGUUUCUCCCCGAAGACUUUGACAACGAGUGGUAUUCCCGCAGCAUCAUCGUCAUCGACCGACUGGAGAACACUUGGGAGGACUCUUUUGGUUAUGACGACAGGACGAUCCAACACGAAGAUGAGAAUUCUGGAAGUUCAUUUGGCAGUUUUGCAACAGUCCGCUGGCGGCCGCGCGAGGAGACCUGGGAAUACUACGAAGAUGAGCUUCGUCCGGAGAAUCGAGUAAUCAUGAGAAAGUAUGGGUUGGAGAGUAUCGGCGAGAUGCUAGGACUUGACGGGAUUGGCAAUAGUAUCAGGGGCUUCUACGAACACUUCGCGCCUGAUGGGGUUUUGGAUCGAGAGUUGGCUGUCGCCAGGACCAGGUAG